UGAACUGAAUGUACUAAUAGAUGAUUCAUAUUUGUAAAUCGUAAACACUGAUUGUUUAUUUUAUUGCUAUGUAAAAUUUUUACUUUAUUUCGGCAUAGUUUAAUAUGGCAAAAUAUCUUCUUGAGAUGCUAAUAUGUUUCACUUGAAAUAGGAAGUUCUUGAAUUUCUAUGAAGAAAAUUCUGUAAAUAAUUUUUGUACCUAAAAAAGAAAUAUGAUGCGUGGACCAGAUGAUGUGGCUCUGCAUUUUUCAGAUGAUGCUUCUCGUACUGCAACAAAGCAUCCACUCGCAGUAUUCUUUCACUUAGCAUUCCGAGCACUCGCUCUUUUGGUGUAUUUAAUGUGUGGUUGGUUCAGCAACAGUUUUAUAUCAUGUUUUGUUACAAUAAUUAUAUUCUUGUCCUUGGAUUUCUGGACUGUUAAAAAUGUCACUGGUCGUCUGCUGGUAGGACUGCGUUGGUGGAAUUAUGUAGAUGAUGAGGGAAAGAGUCAUUGGGUUUUUGAAUCAAGAAAGGAUGAAGAUAUUUCAUUAGUCGACACUGCAGAAGCACAAAUAUUUUGGCUUGCUUUGGUUCUUACACCUGUGGUGUGGUUUCUUUUGUUGUUUGUUAGUUUUUUCAGGUUAAAUGUCAAAUGGUUUAUUGUAGUCAUUAUAGCAUUAAUUUUAAAUGGAGCCAAUUUGUAUGGUUAUUUGAGGUGUAAAGUCAAAGGCACAGACAAAUUUUCUUCUGCCAUUUCCAGCAUGAUGGGAAAACAGAUGAUUAGUAGUAUGUUUAGUUCUCUCUGGAAGAAGUCUGAACAACAACCACCGCCAGCUAGGCCAUUUUCAAAUACUGUCUGAAAAUACAUAAUUUGUCAAAAUUUACUAUUGUUAUGCUUUGUAUGUAUUCUAAUAAAAUUUAACUUAUACAAUGA